UUCUUUUUAAGGCUAAUGAACGUAAGGCCUAUUUCCAAGAGGCUUAUGAGAGCUGCACACGAGAAUUGGAACUACUCUUACACCAUUGCAGUGUGUCAGGCCUGUGGACAUCAGGUGAGAGAGACAAAGAGAAACCCCAGAACUUCACUGUCAUCAUUGAGAACUUGAGGAGGACCUUGACAUGUUACCGGGACAGAUUUGAAGAUACUUCAAAUGAGCUGGUUCAAAUGACUAAAGAAUGUAAAUCGAAAGAAGAAACAAUCCAAGCACAGAACAAAGAAAUUGAGGAAGCACAACAGAACCUUUCUGAUGCCAGCAAUGAGUUAAGUGAACUGCGUUCUGAAUGCGCAGACAGAGAGGCCCUCAUAGGCAAAGCUGAAAUGGAGGUGCAGAAUAUGCGGCACCACUGGGAGACGGAGAAAAUGCGUGCCAUGGAAGCUGAAAAUGAAAUCCAGAAGCUUACUCAGGUUCACCAGAAGGAUUCAGAG